AUGGAGCCGCUGCCCUCGCCGCUGCCCUCGCCGCUGCCCUCGCCGCUGCCCUCCCCGCCCGGCCGCCUCAACGAGGUGAAGUGGAGCGGGGCGGCCCUGCCGCUCGACUUGCUGGUCAGCACUCACCGCCUGCCGCAGAUCGCACGGCUGGACAGCGGAGAAUCUGUAGAAGGACUACGAGAGAAUGACUACCUUCUGAUCCAUUCAUGUCGCCAGUGGACUACCAUUACAGCACAUAGUCUGGAGGAAGGCCACUAUGUCAUAGGGCCAAAAAUUGAGAUCCCUGUACACUAUGCAGGGCAGUUUAAGCUGCUGGAACAAGACCGAGAUAUUAAGGAGCCAGUGCAGUAUUUUCUCAGUGUGGAGGAGGUGGCCAAAGCAUUUCCUGAGCGAGUUUACGUCAUGGAGGAAAUAACAUUCAACGUUAAGGUUGCUUCGGGCGAGUGCAACGAAGACACGGAAGUUUACAACAUCACCCUCUGCACCGGGGACGAGCUGACUCUGAUGGGGCAGGCGGAGAUCCUCUACGCCAAGACGUCCAAGGAGAAGUCCCGGCUCAACACCAUCUUCAAGAAGAUCGGAAAACUCAACUCCAUCGGCAAACUGGGCAAGGGCAAGAUGCCGUGCCUCAUCUGCAUGAACCACAGGACCAACGAGAGCGUCAGCCUGCCGUUCCAGUGCAAGGGCCGCUUCAGCACGCGCAGCCCCCUGGAGCUCCAGAUGCAGGAGGGCGAGCACACCAUCCGCAACAUAGUGGAGAAGACCAGGCUGCCCGUCAACGUGACCGUGCCCAGCCCGCCGCCCCGCAACCCCUACGACCUCCACUCCAUCCGCGAAGGGCACCGCUACAAGUUCGUCAACAUCCAGACCAAGACGGUGGUGGUGUGCUGCGGUCUACGGGCGGGGCGGGUGGUCCCCGUGCACUUCCCCCUGCACCUGAGCGUGCCUAAGGUCAGCCUCCCCGAAGCCCCGGCCCGGGGGGGCGGCGAGGCGGCGCCCGAGGCCAUCACCCAGCACUGGCUGGGCAUCUGCCAGGAGCAGUUCGACAUCGACGAGUACUCCCGGGCCGUCCGCGACGUCAAGGCCGACUGGAACGAGGACUGCAAGAGCCCCAAGAAGGGCCGCUGCCCCGGCCCCGGCCACGUGCCCAGCUCCCUGAGCUCCGCCCGCGACGAGCUCACCCGCUCCUUCCACCGGCUCUCCGUCUGCGUCUACGGCAACAACCUGCACGGGAACAGCGAGGUGAACCUGCACGGCUGCCGGGACCCGGGCACCGAGUGGACCUCCCUCCCCCACGACGCCCUCCGGUAUCCGGACCCGGGGGAUGGUGGCAGCGAUUACCUCUUCCCCGAGGUCGGCGAGGAGGCGGGGGGCCUCCCGGCCAGGCCAGACCUUCCUUACGAGGAGCUGUGGUUGGACUCGGAAGGGGGCUCCCAUCAGCCCCUCGUGCGCUCCCUGAGCGAAAAGAGCAAAUGCGAUCGUCCUAGGAGUUCAGGCCGAUCGCAGAGCGGAACUCCGCCUGUUCCCGUCCCCGGGACCCUCGCGGCGAACAAGUCGUCGGAUGUUGCCCUACCUCCGCCUCCGGUGCCUCCUAAAUCUGAAGCCGUCAGAGAAGAAUGCCGCCUGCUGAACGCCCCUCCGGUCCCGCCCCGCAGCGUCAAGCCGUCGUCCGUCAGCCCUUCCGUCCCUCCUCGGGCGGGGAAGACCACCCGGCAGCAGGCUCGCUCCCCCAGCCCCACCUUGUCUUACUACUCCUCGGGGCUCCACAACAUCAGCGUCCCCGACGGCGACCCAAGUCCCUCCAAGAGCGUACCCAUCUCCUGCUAUCCGUGUCAUAGGAUGAAAAGCGACUCGGCAGAACUCAACGCGUCCCCUUUCGGGAGCCCUUCGGCGCAGGCCCUGUCCUCCCGGUUGUCGUGGCCAAACCAUUUCUUGGAAGCGGGAGAGGGAGCCGACCGGGGCGGCUUCCUGACGGAGCCCAGCAGGAGCUACAGUUACCCCCGACAGAAGACGCCAGGCACGCCAAAGAGAAACUGUCCGGCCCCUCUAGCCGUGGACGGGGGCGAACCCUUGGCCAGGGGUCCCCAGCCCAUCUCGGCCGAGUUGGGUGGGGCCGCCUCGGGGUGCCUCAAGUCAGCGAGUUACUCCCUGGAGUGCACGGACGGGGAGCCCAGCGCCGCUGACAGCCCCAAGCCGAGCCUCUCGUGCCCGGCGCUGCCCCCGCGGGCUCCGAAAGGAACCGAGGAGAAAGCCCCCCAAGAGAGCUUCCCUUUGCCUCUGAAGAUCGAUGGGGCCGAGGAGGCCCCUCCGAGCGGGUCACCGGACCUCUCGGAGGAUCAGUAUUUUGGGAAAAAGUGCCCCCAGGACAUCUUCUCCACUUCCUACCCCUUCUCCUCUCCCCUCCACCUCCAACUGGCCCCGAGGUCUUGCGGCGACGGCUCCCCCUGGCAGCCGCCCGCCGACCUGUCGGGCCUCUCGAUAGAGGAGGUGUCCAAGUCGCUGCGGUUCAUCGGCCUGUCGGAGGACGUCAUCGCGUUCUUCGUCACCGAGAAGAUCGACGGGAGCUUGCUCGUCCAGCUGACCGAGGAGAUCCUCUCGGAAGACUUCAAACUGAGCAAACUGCAGGUGAAGAAGAUCCUGCAGUUCAUUAACGGCUGGAGGCCCAAGAUCUAGCCGGGGGAUCCCCGGCGGGGCGUUGAACGGGACUGACGGACUGAUGUGCCAGGGGCGGAGGGGCUGGUACAUCCCUUCACGUUUUUGCACUAAAAACCCUCUCUGUAAAUAGCGGCCGAAGAAAACUCUUGCUAUGCAGACUACGUUUUUGAAGGGUGAACAGGUUAUUUUGUAUGUCCAAUAAAAUAUGCUGUAGAGAA